AUGACUGACCGCCUUAUGCAGUCUCCUGCACUUCCCCACGCCGGGCUGCUGAGUCGGGCCCAGAAAUGUGGUUGCGGCCGGGGAAGUGCAUCCACAUCCACCAACCCACCCCUUGCUUCAUCUAGCCUCGUUUGCCAACGCCUCCAGGACAAGCCUGGAGGCACUUUCAAACGGGACUGCUUCCGCCCUGAUCCACCACCGCGCACAAUCCGGUCCAUCAAUUUUCUUCAGAAGCUGAAGGAUGAGCGUGGCCCGUCCGCCGCAUUUGUCCCAAUUCACCUAAAUGCGAUUCAUAACAGGCGCCCUUUGUCGGCAAGCCGGAACCUGUUCUCCUUUCGUGAUCGUCAGUGCGAAGGCUUCUGGAAGGACGCUCGCGCCAGCAGCCUGACUCUGUUCGGCAGAGAUCCACGAUUCAGCUCUCAAACGUUCCGCUUGCCUUCCGGCGCCAAAUCUUCGCAGCCGCCAGGGAAACCGGCAGAUGUCCGGGAGAAACUGACACCUCGCACUCUCUAUCCGACCUGCAUCCAAAUGCCGGCUUGUGUCGUGUGUCCUGUCUGGCAAAAUCUGGUCGCAAUUGGCGAGCGUAUAGGCUCAUGUAACGGACCAUGUUGGCGACGAAAACAGCGACUCCUACCUCAUCAUCCCUCCACGUCCCUCCGCAUAAUACUAACAGCCUAUUGCUUUGAAUCCUGGACCUGGGAAUGCUACGUCGCCUGGCCAUCGUGCAAGGUUCGCGAAGGCUUGAGCCAAGGCCCCUGUCUUCGUGUCAUUCUAAACCCUACGCAUCAACCUCAUCCCUACUCAGCUCUACGAGAAGCACUUCGUGGUUUGAGAUCACGGCUUAAUUGGAGUCUGGGGUGUUGCGACAUUUUGGCUUUCCCACAGCUUCUAGAUCCGGGGAAGCCCUGCCCCGGAUCCCUCUUUUUUGAAACUGGUGGCGGGGAUGUCGAGACUUGGGCGAAUAUGCUGUGCAAGCUGUGUUUGCUAGUGCCGUGUACGACAGAGCGGGCUCGAGGUCCAACGGAUAGGUAUCCCAUUGCCUCAUUUCCCGACUGUUUGCAUACUUCUGCCUUUCAAUCUCUGGUUUCUCUCACCGAUCAGAACUUCUCGACCAAUGCCCGGAUCAAUGCUACACAAAUCAGCAGCACCAAUUCUGUUCGUAUUCCAACUGACAUCACUCCAGCACUAGCGACUGCCCGUCAGAAGCACGCUCUUCCUCGAAAUGGCUGCCAGAGCCUCGCUUUCGUUGUUUCGUUAUCGCUCCGUUCUCGCUAUAAAGGACAUUGGGAAGGUCCGGGGAAGAAUCCCCAUCAUUGCAUCCAGACGCCUACGAGGGAUGAACCAGGUGAGCAGGAGAGUGUUCGUGAUAGGUCCACCUGGUUUCCUAGCAAAGGAUUGCGCUUAUGGGAGUUAAUUCAGCCACAUUCACUCCAUUGUGAUAUGGGCAAUGAAUUUAGGAGGCUCCCAGCGCCGCAUUUCAUCGACACUUUUUUGAUACACUGGUAUGGAUCUAUGACAUCAAAUGAAGAUUAUCGGGACUUUUCUGCAAAUGUCCAAGCUAUGGGCACGAUUCUCGAUUUCAUAGAAGAGCAUCUGGAGUCAAUAAACCACUUUUUCUUAGGAGACAACCUAGAUUCAAUACUGACCAUCAACGAAAUUGUCGAGUCUACAAAGCUCGCAAGGGAUAUUUUCACUUUCUGUUUACAAGGAAUUCACCAGCUGACAAGCCCUAGUUCGGUGGCACUCAUGAAAGAUGAGGGGGCAAACAUAAAGCUCUUCUCAACUUCUUGA